AUGUCGGCCAACGUUACAGUUGGAGCUGAGAAAGCAAACACAGGACUGACAGCUGUCCCGAAUAAUCCCCAUCAAGUACGCGCAAACACUAUUCAACCCUUCUUACGAAAAGCAAUGGAAAGUCCUAUCAAUAUUGGAGAGAUUCCAGCCAGUCUUUUCUCAGGAAAAUUAGAUUCCAAUCAUAACCUUAGCCUGCAAAAUAGCCAUACCUCUCGUCCUAUUCUCAAAUCGAAUAGCAGAAACAACAUCCUCAUCUACCCAGGCUCUUUCAACCCACCCCAUCUAGGCCACCUCGCCACAAUUCGCUAUUUCUCCGAGCGCCGCGACAAACUUGAUAUCACUGCCAUGUUCAUUUUCGUAGACCCUGGAUCAAUUGUUCAAGGAAAAAAGAAGAAAUGGGGUGAUAUAAUUCUACCACAAGAACUCCGCUACGAACUCUUCUACCGCGUUCCGGAAAUCUUUCAACUGGUCGAAUCUGGAUGGCUUCAGCUUCUUGUAGGAGAUAUGGAUACUCAUAUUAAAGUUUUACGUAUGACGACUGAUCUAAUUUCCGAAGCUGGAUUUGAUGUCAAGCUGGUAGGACUUUUGGGUGGGGAUAAGUUGACGGUAGAAAGUGCUCCACAUUUACAUCCUGGAAGCUUGCAGGAAUGGGGUUCGGUUGAUGAGUUCCUUAUUAUUAAUGCAAGAAGACCCGUCGACUUUUUUGAUUCAAAGAAAGAGGAGAUUCCGAGGAACUUACCGGGCUGUACGGCUUGGGAGAAAGAUCUGGAGGCAGAAGAGGAGAAGACGGAGCACCUCAAUGAGAGUGCAGGUGUGUUGUGGAUAUGUAGGGCUUUGACAGUAGCUGGAAACCCCAUCAUCCGAUUUCGUGCCUCUCAAAGCAGUGCGUCGAAUGGUGUCAGUUCUACCAAGAUUCGACAAAUUAUGGCUGAGGCUCAUAAUGAAGAGCUUAUGGAGGAAUUGAAUGAUAAAGUCAUUAGUGCCGACUUUCUGGUAGAGUGGUUGCUGAUUCAACGGAAGGCAAAGCGGGAGAGCAUUGAUGAAAAGGCAUUUCUUUAG